AUGUGCACAUAUUCAUUCCAAAAGAAGAUCCGUUUAGAUGUUGGUGUGGAAAACCUUGCCCGGGGCAUAGUACACCCAACCAGCGUGCUACUUGAUUCAGGCACUAAUGGCAUCUUCAUAGAUCAGGUCUGGGCAGAGCAAAUGGGACUCCCCCUUGUUAAAUUAGAUAUAUUUGUUCCCGUCUACAACAACAACACACAAAGGUGCAGAAUCACCAAAACUAACAUUAACGUGGGUGGCUGCAUUACACACAAAUGUUCUUUUGUCGUCGAGUACCAAGGACACAGAGAACAAGUCACCGCUGAAGCUACCCAACUAGGGAAGAUUAAUUUAAUCUUAGUCUGGACCUGGCUAUUUGAACACAACCCUGAGAUUGACUGGCAGACAGGGGUUGUCACAUUGUCA